GCUGCAGCCCGAAAGAAGAAAAAAAAAAGGGAAACCCAGCCAUGCCUUGGAAAAUUGGUAAGGAAGCUUGGUAUUUUCCCCUUCCUUUCUUGUUCUAGAACACACCUAGAACCCAGAAAUCUUCCCCCCCUGCUGGAAAAGCCGGAUAUGCCCUGCUCUGCUUUGUCCUUCCGCUGGCUGCUCUUGAUUAUGGGUGAUUUCUGGGCAUUUUUUCGAUUGCAUGAUUCUUCCCUGCACUGCCGCCGGCUUUCCCCCUCUACUAGGUCUGGUUUUUGCUUGCAAUUUCUGGUUCCUGAUCGUUCUGUCAGUUUAGUACCUGAAUUGAGUGCUCAGUUUUGCGGAGUGAGGUAAGUAAAUUUAUGGUAAUGCCCGUACUGUUUUAAAAGCAUGUUUUGAUUUGUUUUUGAAGUGGUGGCGGGACUAAACCCGUUUUACACAAGUAUGACUGAUUUGAAGUGAAAUGUUUUAUGCUUUUCACUAAAUUAAGCAUGCCUACUUGAAAUUUAAGUGAUUGUCCCGAUGAUUUGAAAGUGAUUGUGAAUUGUGAUUUUCCUGUUAACUUCUGCCUGUUUUGUCUCCGAUGUGGUCAUGUUACUCGUGUGCCCGCCAGUGGGAGGUUUAUAAACGCUGGCCGUGACCUAUAAAGGAAACGUCUAUUUCGUGCCCGUACUGUGUCCGUUUUUCGUGAUUGCACAUGUUGGCAUGCUAUAAGUUUAAUUAAGGGCAAUCCAUAUUUACUUACUGAGUUUAUCUCAUAGUUUUUCCUUGUCCACCAUUUCAGGAAGUGAAACCGAGGACGGGGAAACCACGGGAAGUGACGAGUUAGAAAGCUAGCCAUUUCGAGAUUGAUAGAGAUUCUAGAAAUCAUGAUCUUGUAAGCUAGAGUGUACUUGGAGAUUUUAUGAUAUUAGAGAGAAUUUUUAAUAUUUGAUCUUCAGAUUUUGGUGGUAUCAGAGUUUAGUGUGAUAAGUUCCGAGCCUUGUGCAUU